CUAUCUCCUUUAUAUUCUCUCUCCACAGUAGUCAGUCCCCUUUCCUACCACCACCGCCACCACCGUGUGCCGCCGCUCUCUUCCUCACUUUUCGUCGGAGUACAGUGGCGGUUAUCAGUAAAAUCCUACUUAUUAAUUUUAAUAACACUAAAAUAGAUUGUUAGCAUAUUGUGGAAAUUUACUAACAUCAGCUGCUUCCCGAAAACUCGUAAUUAAUCUGCAUAUUCGUUUCGUAAUUUGUGUUUUUUAAGUGCAAAUAGCUCAAGUGAAAACUCAUAUUUCUGUAAAUCUCCAAGUACGCAUGUGUGAUGAAGCGUUUGAGUGAUUAAUCGAUGAACUACAACUAAUAAACUAUAUAUAGAGAUAAUUUUUACGCGAAGAAAUGGCGGAUGUUGUAGUUGUGAAGUCAUGGCGAGACGAGCUAGCAAGCUUAGUAGAGGAUAGUGGGAUAAGGUUCGCUGCAGAUGCGAUGGAAAUCUCAACUCCGGCGUUUUCCACGCCGGUGUACGAGGAGAAGAGAUCGGUGUACGAAUCACCGGCGACCGAAGAGGUUGCGGCGGAGCCAGAGAGCUUUAAGGAUCAAAUUGAGGGUUUUGCGAAGGCUUGGGGAGAAAUGUUGGUGGAAUUAGUGAGAGGUUGUAGAGAUGUGGUGCAACAAAGCCUAUUGACUGAGGAAUCAUACAUUGUGCAGAAAACGAAAGGUCCUUUGGGUGAGGUAUCGAGGAGGUUGAGUGUUUUGAACGAGCUUUUGCCGGAGGAUCGUGAUCCGGUGCAUGCUUGGCCCGUCAUUUUCUUCGUCUUCAUCCUCGCCCUCUCCGCAUUGAGUGUAAAUAGUAAACAAGAUACUUCAGGCACGCAAGUGAAAGAAGUGUACAUACAUCCUCCUAGUGCUACUCGUAUAGUGCUUCCAGACGGUAGACAUAUGGCAUAUCAUGAGAUAGGAGUUCCACCUGAUAGUGCUAGAUAUUCUGUAAUUGCUCCACAUGGCUUUCUCUCUUCUCGACUUGGAGGUAUACCCGGAGUGAAAAUGUCUCUUCUUGAAGAGUUUGGCAUUCGUUUGAUAACAUAUGACCUUCCAGGUUUUGGAGAGAGUGAUCCUCACCCUGAACGAAACCUUAAUUCAUCUGCUCUGGAUAUGCAAUACUUGGCAGAUGGUCUAGGAGUUAAUGGUAAAUUCUGGCUUUUGGGAUACUCAAGUGGAGCAAUACAUGUUUGGGCUGCAAUGAAAUUUAUUCCUGAUCGAGUUGCAGGCGUAGCCAUGUUUGCCCCCUUUGUCAACCCAUAUGAAUCAAGCAUGACUAAGGAAGAGAUGGCAGGAACUUGGGAAAAGUGGACAAGGAAAAGGAAAUUGAUGUACUAUUUAGCUCGAAGAUUUCCAAAAUUUCUUGAUUACUUCUAUCGCUGCAGAUUUCUAUCUGGAAAGCAUGGUCAAAUUGAUAAAUACCUGUCUCUGUCGCUGGGACAAAAGGAUAAAGCGCUGAUCAGCGAACCGUCCUUUGAAGAGUUCUGGCACAGGGAUGUUGAGGAGUCAAUACGUCAGGGUAGCUCAAAGCCAUUUAUAGAGGAAGCUUCACUUCAAGUAUCAAAUUGGGGGUUUAGCCUUGUGGAUCUUCAAAUUCAAGAAAAGUGUUCCGGUAAAGGGAUCCUAUCAUGGCUUAAGUUUGGUUAUGGUCAAGUCAAGUGUGAAUUGACUGGAUUUCUAGGACCAGUUCAUAUAUGGCAGGGGUUGGAUGAUCAGGUUGUACCGCACCAAAUGACUGACUAUGUGGCUAGAAUUCUGCCAAGAGUGGUGAUGCACAAGCUUCCCGAUGAGGGCCACUUUUCCUAUUUCUUCUUCUGUGAUGAAUGCCAUAGACAAAUGUUCCUGACCAUUUUCGGAAGCCCUCAGGGACCUCUUGAAAAUAGCAGUGAUGCUCCAACGGAAGAUGAUGGAGAACAGGAAGCUACGAAUUUAGGAGAGGAGGAAGCUACAAAUCUUGAUUUGGCAGCACAAUGAGAGGAAAUAGUUUCUUGAUCACUAACUAUUGAUGUAUAUACUACAGGAAUGCUCUUCUCCAGGAGCACUAAAAGGUCAGAUGUACGAGUGGUCCUAAUGGGCUUCAAAUGUUUUUUCUUCCCCUUCUUUUUUUGGUGGAUAGUACUUUGUGGAUUUCACUAUGAAUCCUAACAGCAGAGGUCGAGGAACAGAUGAUCACAGGAAAAUUUCCAUGGAGAAGCAUAUCUUUAUCUUUCAAUAGAUGCCCUUUAUUUGGAUA